AAAUAAGUACAGUAGACAUUCUAAAAUGUUACCCAUUAUUUUUAGAAAUCUUAUCUAAAAAAUAAAAUUACUGCAAACUUAAACUUCUGCUGAAUAACAGACAUGUCAAAUACAACAUUAAAUUGAAUUAAAAAACAACAAUAUAAGCAUUUAACAAUAUAAUAUAAUGCAACAUGUCAAUGUUAUUCAGUGAGGUUAUCAGAGAAAUUUUUAUAGGUUUCUUGUUAUUGAAGUCAAUGAAUUAGAAAAUAUUUUAAAAUCUUUACAGAAAAAUAAGAGGGAGACAUUACAUUUGCCGUGUGUAUUUAAAACUUCCCAAUUAAGUAAAAUGAUCAACUUUAAAGCAUUAUCGAGUGUAUCAUAGCCAGUUUUACAAUUCAAAAACAAAAUUAUAUUUAAAAAAGACUGGUUUGACAAGAAAAUUAUUUUUGUUUCAGAUUUACUAAAUAGCAGUGGUGAGAUUUAUACUAAUCAGGAAAUUCUUUCUUCUUCAGGGACUGUUUUUUUGCAUAAUUAUAAUGUGAUUGUGAAAAUCAUCUCUAAUAAACUGCUUUACUUAAAUUCAUCUUACAUCUUACAACUCAGUCUCAAACAAAUUCUAAAAACUGUACUUGGUAAUAUUAGUAUCUUAGAUAUUUUUUUAAUAACUUUUAUAUUAGAAAAUGUCUAAUUCAAAAUAGUAGUUGUUUCCCGAAAGAAAUUUUUAAAUGGCAACAAGCUUUUUCUUUACCUUAUAUGCAAUAUUUUAAAGUGGAUUUCUUUAUUUUUAUUAGGAAGAAAGUGUUUAUGUAAGAGGCAACAGCCAAGCUUUUCUCCAGUGUCAAUCAUUAAUUAAUGCAACCCAAUGGAAACAAUACGAUUUCUUUGCAGAAGAUUUAGAUAAAAAUGUUUGUUACAUUUGAAACACAACAAGCUGUUAGUAAUGACGCGAGCUUCGUGACGUGAAUUUUAGAACGCUCGUUCUAGAAUGUAAAGCCGCGCAGCUCGGAAUUCCAUCAGUUGGUGUAAUUGUGAAUUGCAGAUUAAAUUUGCUGGUUCACUGUUUUACAAUUUGCGAUUGUUUUAGCGACUCAACGAUGCGGCUAAUUAGAAAUAGUCGAGUUCAUCCAUUGGUAGAAGUCCAGGUGCAGGAACCCCACCCCACUGCACCUGCUGAAACUCCUGUUGAUGCCGGUGACAGAAAAUGGUGGAAAGUUUCCUCCUUCUUCAAACGUCUUAAACGACAAGACAAGAGCAGCUCAAGUCAUCAGCAACAACUGAGUAAGUUUGUGAAGCAGGAAAAAGACGAGGGAAAGUCAUAACAUGACAAUAUUUGGAAUAUUAUACCAUUUUAUGCCAUUAUAUAAUGCCAGAAUGACAAUAUAUCAUCACAUGCAAAUAUACUCUUCCAAAGAACACAUAUUUUAUUCUUAAGAAUAUUUCAUUUAAUUAUAGACCUUUUAAAAAUCAGACAUGGAAAUCAGAAUGUGAAAACGCAUAUCCUAAACAUAUAAAUAAUAAUAAAUGUUAACAAAAGGUUCAAGGUAAAGAGUAUCAGAGGCUGUGAUAUCUGCUAGCAGAUCUAUUUUCAUUUGUCAGACACUUACAUGAAAAUUACUAUAUAGUAAAUACUAUAGUGUUAAUUAACCGUACGACACCUCCAAUAAAGAUAGAGAUGUUGCACAAUCAGCUAAUAUGUUGCUAGUAUUUUUUUUUUUAUGUAUGGGCGAUAUAUAUUACAUUAUCAAAAAUGAUUGAUGUCAUGCUUAUGUGUUGUAAAAUACGUCCACACACUGAUUAUUGUGACAGACUCACCCAACAACACAUAAGAUACAGGGUAAUUCUCUGACACUUAUCUCGCCCUCAUUUGAUGUCCAAACUGAAAUGAGUGUUUAAAACAGUCACUAUACACUGAAAUGGAAAAAGACCGCAUGUGUUGUAUUACUCUGUUAUUAUUUGUUUUUAAUAAACUCUUCUGUCAUCUUUAAAUAAGAUGCGCGUCCAAGUAAUGAGGCUUCAGUUGACGCUGCUGAGGAGAAGAAGGAGAGAAAGUGGUGGAAAAGAUUCUUCAGAGAUCAGGAGAGCAGCUCAAAGCGAGAGCAGGAGAGUGAAGCUCAACAACCUGAAGAACAAAAGAUUGAUUCUCCGACUUCUGAAGUGCAGGAGAAACUGACGACAGCAGGAUUCAGUGAUGAUUCCUCUGUCGCCUCAAUUGAAGAUCUCCAGCUCAGCAUAUCUCUGGAUCUCAGCAUUUACACAGAGGAACAAGAGACUCGUUCAAGUGAUGAGGCUCCUGUCAGUGCUGCUGAGGAGGAGAAGAUGGAGAAAGCGGAGAAGCAGAAAAAGAUGGAGAAAGUGGAGGAGAAGAAGGUUGAGAAUGUGGAGAAGAGAAAGAAAUGGUGGAGAAAGAGUAAAGCUCCUAAAGCUGAAGAACAGAAGGGAGCUGCUGAACAGCAGAAGUGUGAACACCACUCCAUGCGGAUACCAAGAUCCAGUGAUGUCUCAAUUUCAGAUGUGGGAUAGGCCUCUAAGAAACUGCCAUGUACUACAUCCUCAGCCACUACCAGCUUGGCAGAGAGCUGGGAGUCGGUGGAUUUGGUGUGGUGUAUCAAGCGAAGCGUUUGGAGGACAAUCUCAGUGUGGCAGUGAAAUAUGUCAACAAGAACGCCGACCACUUGAAAACAUAUUAUCAUCCAGAGGGAAGGAGACUUCCAUUGGAGAUUGUCCUCACGCUGAUGGCGAAUGAAGGGGGCAGUAACCCGGAGAUCAUCCAGCUGCUGGACUGGAAGGACUACAGUGACCAUUUCGUCAUGAUUUUUGAGUAUCCCGCUCCCUGUCAGGAUCUGGAGGACUACAUGAAGGAUCGUGGGGAUAAAAUCAGUGAGGGUUUGGCUAAGAUAGUCAUGAGGCAGGUGAUUCAGGCUAUCCUGGUGUGCUGCCAGCGCAAGGUUUUCCAUCGCGACCUCAAACCCUCCAACCUCCUCAUCAACAUCAGGACACUCCAGGUCAAACUCAUUGACUUUGGGUGCGGUGACGUUUUGAGGGACUCCUACUACAGGACCUACUGUGGCACAAUAUUUUACCUUCCUCCUGAGUUCUUGUACCAUGGGGUAUACCACGCCAAUCCUGCCACAGUGUGGUCUCUGGGGAUUCUGCUGUUCAGAAUGGUGAGCGGAAGAUAUCCGUUCUUCUUCACAUUGCUGUGGAUCCGGUGGAAAAUCUGGCACAAAAGACACCUGUCAAAGGAACUGCUCCAACUUCUCCAUGAGCUCCUCGUGGUAAACCCAGAGAAACGGAUGAAUCUGAAGGACAUCCUUUCCCACAGCUGGUUUACGGAAAGCGAAUGACCAAUUCAGAAGUAGAGUUUAUCUUCAGAUUUACAUCUUUUGGGCUGAAUGAACGACAUCUUGCUAAACAUUUUCCAAUUGUGUGUUUUGUAUAUACUCUGUGCAAUUUAUUGUCUUGUAAUAUGUUGUGUCAAUGUUAUGCUUGUCCAAGACAAAUUUAA